AUGGCUGGUGAUGAUGAAAAACAGAGUGGUGGAAAAGCAGCUGGUAAAGAUAACAAAGCCAGUAAAGGUGAUGCGAAUAGUGGUGAUAAAGGUGGUUCAAAAAAUGAAGGACAAAGUGGCGGUGGUAAUAAAUCUGGUGGUGAUAAAGGUGGUUCAAAAAAUGAAGGACAAAGUGGUGGCGGUGGUAAUAAAUCUGGUGGCGGAAAAGCAGAUGCUUCAGGCGGCGGUGAUAAAGGUGGUUCAAAAAAUGAAGGACAAAGUGGUGGUGGUAAUAAAUCUGGUGGUGGAAAAGCAGAUGCUUCAGGGGGCGGUGAUAAAAGUAGUGGAAAAGAUAAAGCCUCUGGUGGUGGUGGUGGUGAUGCAAAAUCAGGUGGCGGUAAAAGUGGUGGUAAAGGUGAUUCAAAAGCUGAAGCAUCUGGUGGUGGUGGUGAGUGGGAUGGUGGAGAUCCAGAAAAAGGUGCGAAAAUUUUCAAGACAAAAUGUGCUCAAUGUCAUACUGCAGAAAAAGGCGGUGGUAAUAAACAAGGACCUAACCUUCAUAGUUUAUUCGGUCGACAAACUGGUCAAGUUCCAGGCUUUAGUUAUAGUGAAGCUAAUAAAAGUAAAAAUAUAACUUGGGGUGGUGAUACACUUUGGAUUUAUUUGAAAGAUCCAAAGAAAUAUAUUCCUGGAACCAAAAUGAUUUUUGCUGGACUUAAAAAAGACGAUGAACGAAAAGAUUUAAUCGCCUAUUUAAAACAACAAUCCAGUGAUUAA